AUGCCGUCUUCAGGAGUCUUCAGAUCUGUUAGUAAGAAGGAAGCGUCGCCUGAGUCCAUCUCGAUACGCUCCUUCAGCGGUGGAAAUGAUUUUCAAAUAUCCUCAAGAGAAAAAGCAUAUUCUGGACAACCAUCAAAGAGUGAGAAACUUAUACAUAGACUAGCAAACUCAUUUAAAAGGGCAGAAGGUAGCAUUACGAAAACUAGGCAAAUAAAUGAAAAUACGUCUGAUUUAGAGGAUGGUAUUGAAUCGAUCACAUCGGACUCCAAGUUGAAAAAGUCCAUGAAAUCGCGUCAUGUCGUAAUGAUGUCUCUGGGAACAGGAAUUGGUACGGGCCUUUUGGUAGCCAAUGCAAAGGGUCUGCAUUACGGUGGUCCUGCAGCAUUAGUUAUCGGUUACGUCUUGGUUUCUUUUGUCACAUACUUCAUGAUCCAAGCUGCAGGUGAAAUGGCUGUCACUUAUCCAACUUUACCGGCAAAUUUCAACGCAUACUCCUCCAUAUUCAUUUCGAAACCAUUUGGAUUUGCCACAGUAUGGCUUUACUGUUUCCAAUGGCUAACUGUUUUACCGUUAGAGUUAAUUACCGCAUCCAUGACCAUUCAAUACUGGAAUGAUAAAUUAAAUCCCGAUGUUUAUAUUCUUAUUUUCUACAUUUUCUUACUGUUCAUUCAUGUUUUUGGUGUGAAAGCCUACGGUGAAACAGAAUUUAUCUUCAACUGUUGUAAAAUCUUGAUGAUUGCAGGUUUCAUCAUUCUAUCUGUUGUCAUCAAUUGUGGUGGCGCUGGAGACGAUGGUUAUAUUGGAGGCGCUUACUGGCACAAUCCAGGCGCGUUUGCUGGUGACACAUCGAUCGCAAGGUUCAAAAACGUCUGCUACAUUUUGGUAACCGGUUACUUCUCUUUCGGUGGUAUGGAAUUAUUCGCGCUAAGCGUCCAAGAGCAGUCCAACCCUAGAAAAUCUACUCCUGUGGCAGCUAAGAGGAGUAUCUAUCGUAUCGUCAUCAUUUACCUCCUAACUAUGAUUUUGAUUGGGUUUAAUGUCCCAUACAAUGAUGACCAGUUAAUGGGCGCAGGCGGGUCCGCUACACAUGCCUCUCCUUACGUCUUGGCAGCAUCCAUUCACGGUGUCAAGAUCGUCCCGCAUAUUAUCAAUGCUGUUAUUUUAAUUUCUGUUGUCUCAGUGGCCAACUCUUCCUUAUAUGCAGGUCCCAGGUUGAUCUGCUCCUUGUCCCAACAAGGUUACGCACCCAAAUUUCUUGAUUAUGUUGACAGAGAAGGCAGACCGCUGAGAGCUCUAAUUGUUUGCUGUAUUUUUGGUGUUAUUGCAUUUGUUGCGGCCUCAUCCAAGGAAGAAAUCGUGUUUACAUGGCUAGCAGCCAUUGCAGGUUUAAGUGAAUUAUUUACCUGGACUUCCAUCAUGCUAUCGCAUCUACGGUUUAGACAAGCAAUGAAAGUACAAGGAAGAUCCUUAGAUGAGUUGGGAUAUAAGGCCACAACAGGCAUCUGGGGUUCCGUAUACGGUUUCUUCUUUAAUAUUUUAGUCUUUAUUGCUCAAUUCUGGGUAGCGUUGGCUCCCCUAGGCAAUGAUGGAAGAUGCAGCGUAGAGUCUUUUUUUGAAAGUUAUCUAGCUGCUCCAAUAUGGUUAACUUUUUUCUUCGGGUAUAUGAUCUACAACCGCGACUUUACCCUCUUAAAUCCUCUCGAUAAAAUUGAUCUAGACUUUCAUAGACGCAUUUAUGAUCCGGAGCUCAUUAGGCAAGAAGACCAAGAAAAUGAAGAAAAGACGAAAAAUAUGUCUUUAAUGAGAAAAGCUUACCAUUUCUGGUGUUAA